AGCACCCCUCCGCGCCCUCCCUAAUGAUGAACGCCCACUUCGCCGGCGUCGGCCAGGACGCCUCGCGCGAGGAGUACGAGCAUGGCAUCCAGGUCAUCGACGAGGACAAGCUGUUCAAGUGAGUGUCUGCCUGCUUCCUGGCGCGGCGGCGCAUGCUAACGGGCCGCCGCAGCACCAACCUGGGCACGUAUCUGUCCCUCGAGAAGAUCAUCCCCGCCGGCUUCAACUACCACCUCAUAUCCGUCUUCGGCUCGCAGUCCACGGGCAAGUCGACGCUGCUCAAUUAUCUCUUUGGCACCCAGUUCGGGGUCAUGUCCGAGCAGGAGCGCCGCCAGACAACAAAGGGAAUAUGGAUGAGCAAGAACAAGCGCGAGGGCGGUGACAGGGGCAUGGCAGACAACAUCCUGGUCAUGGAUGUUGAGGGUACAGAUGGUCGCGAGCGUGGAGAAGACCAGGAUUUUGAGCGCAAGAGCGCCCUGUUCGCGCUGGCGACGAGCGAGGUGCUGAUCGUCAACAUUUGGGAGCACCAGGUUGGCUUGUACCAGGGCGCAAACAUGGGUUUGCUCAAGACUGUAUUUGAGGUCAACCUGCAGCUUUUCGUCAAGGAUAACAAAAACACUCCGCGAUCGCUUCUAUUCUUCGUUAUCCGCGACCACCUCGGAACCACCCCUCUUGCCAAUCUCCAGAACACAUUGAUAGCAGACCUUAACAAGCUCUGGUCAACUAUCUCGAAACCGAAAGGCCUCGAGCAGUCACGGAUAGAAGACUACUUCGAUUUCGCAUUCGUUGCGUUACCCCACAAAAUCCUACAGCCAGAGAAGUUCGAGCAGGAGGUGGAAAAGCUGGGCACGCGCUUCCGCGAAGGAUACAACGACCCCAAGAAGAGCGGCUUGAUCGACGAAUCCUCCCUUCCUGUAUUCCUACCGCAAUACCACCGCCGAAUCCCCGCCGACGGUUUCUCUGUCUAUGCCGAGGGUGUCUGGGAUCAGAUUGUGAACAACAAGGACUUGGACCUACCAACGCAGCAAGAGCUGCUCGCACAGUUCCGAUGCGAUGAAAUCUCGAGAGAGGUCCUGGUCGCAUUUGAUGAGAAGAUCACUCCACUAGAAGACAAGCAAGCAGAAGAUGCGCGUGCAGGAAAGCCAUCGGUCAUCCCGGAUCUGGGAGCUGCUAUGAACGCCGCCAGAUUGCAGAUCCUUAAAGACUUCGAGACCAAUGCUAGUCGGUACCACAAGGGUGUAUACGCGCGCAAGAGUGCGGAACUUGUCAGCAAGGUCGACUCGAGACUCAAAGCUCUCUUCCAAAAGCAGCUCAGUGCUGCCCACAAGUCUGGGGUGGAGGAGUUCAGCAAUGCCGUUAGCGGAGCCGUCAAGAGCGGGCAAAAGAAGGGCGCGUCCUAUGACUUUGCCCAAAUCGUAGAAAGCGAGAAGAAGAAAGCUUUGGAGAAGUUCGCAGCAGACGCACAGGCUAUUGUGGUAGAAGGUGCAGCGUGGAGCACUUACAAGCAAGAGACGGAUCUGUACAAGAAGGAAUUGGACGUAGUGUCAGGUCGUUUACGUAAAGAUGAAAUGCGUCGUCUAGCCACGCGGGUCGAGCGCUGGGUGCGGUCACGUUUGGAUGAGUCGAUCGGUCUGGAAUUCAACAAGCUCGGCAGCGGCAGAGGUGGUUCUGGAGCGCCUGAGCAUGGCGAGCGCCCUGCCUCCGAGAAGGAUCUCUGGGAUCGCGUAUGGACCAUCUUCACCGAAACCGUGCAGGAUGCCGAAAGGCGAUUCACAGACCGAGCGCGAAGCUUCGAUGCUAGUCCCGAGGAAGUUGAGGUCGGUUUGUGGAGGCUGCGUCGCAAGUCAUGGGGUGUGCUCCGUGCAAAGAUCGAUGAAGAAGUCAUGGAGGGGAACAUCCUCUUGAAGCUUAGGGAGAACUUCGAAGACAAAUUCCGCUACGACGACUCUGGCGUUCCCCGGAUAUGGCGCCCUACCGACGAUAUCGAGGGUCUCUACACCAAAGCCCGCGAGUCGACAAUCACCCUCAUCCCGCUGCUGUCGCGGUUCAAACUCUCAAAAACAUCUGCACCGCCCCCGCUCGAUGCGUGGAUCGGCGACGCGCCUGCUUCCGUAUCGCCUGCUGACGAAGAGGAUCUCGCGCCUAUUGGCGGCGUAGACGACGACGAGGGCAAGAGCCUCGAGGAGGAAAUGACUACAAUCAGCGAUGCGAAGCAGGCUGAUCUUCUGGUCCGCUUCAAGAAGACGGCCGACGGCGUGUACGUCGAGGCUAAGCGGAGCGCGAUUGGCGGCAUGACGCAGGUCCCGCUAUACUUUUAUGGUUUACUCCUUGCGCUGGGUUGGAAUGAGAUUGUAGCCGUUCUUCGCAACCCAAUCUACUUCCUCUUCCUCAUCCUAUGUGCUAUCGGCGCGUACGUUACCUACACGCUCAAUCUAUGGGGUCCUAUGGCACGCAUGGCGAAUGCAGCUAGCGCUCAGGCGCUGGAUAUCGGGAAGGAGCGCCUGAGGGAGUUUUUGGAGUCCAGCGAGUCGGGGCGCCAGGCGAUGGCUAUGGCGGAUCGGCAGACGGGGGGGUCGGGGAGGAGGGAGGAGGGGGUUAGGCUGCAGAGAUUGGACGGGGAGGGGAAGAGGAAGGAUGAGGAUGAGAUGGAGCUUGAUGAUAUUUGAUUGUGUCAUACAUGGAUGUGCCAGCGUGGGAUGGGUGCGGUCCGAGGCGGUUUUCUGUUGUGGAUUGGGUCAGGUUGGACGGGUUGGGUAUGGUGGGGAUGGAAUGACCGGUUAGAAAUAGAAGGUUUCAUGGGUAAUGAAAUGGAAACGGUU